AUGAUCCGCUUCCUGGAAGCCUUCGGCAGCCCGCGAAGGUUCAAGGACCGCCGCCUGCUGCGGCUCAUCUUCCUCAGCGUCCAGAAACGCGCCUCCCAUGCCCACCAUCCCUGCGAAGAGUAUCCCUCCUCUCCACAGCCGCUGCCCGGCGGCUCCGCCGGCCUCGAAUGGUCCUCCCGGCCGGACGUCUGGAGAGACCUGCAGUCCCGGCUCGCCCCCGCGCCUCCCACCAGCCCCUCAACUCGCCCCCAGCCCAUACAACCUCAGCUCGAACAGCUCCACGCCCACCCACCGCAAGAAGAAGCGGAAGAGCUGCUCGAUCUGCGGCACCUCCAGUUCCAGCUCGACCCCUCCUCCUCGCUCUCCGAUUUCCUCCCCUCCCACCAUCCCCCAGCCGCAGGGGGUCUUAGUGACAGAGGGCCGGACGACGACGACGGCGACGACGGGGCCGAUCGGCCGCCUCCUGGCUCGGCUUCCGCCUCCGAGCCUCCCCGCGCCCAGCCGCACAACCAGCCUCGAAACCCCACUCGAAACAACCCCGAGCACCCGUCCGCGGACGGCAAGGCUCAAGACAUCGCGGCCUCCCUGGAUCGGGCCAAUCAGAAACUGAAAUCAGCGUCUCUUGAUUACUUCGAUCAGCACUCGUUACUGACUUGCUUAGUACACUUGGUCCGAAACAAGUUCCACUAA